AUGCCGUGGCCCCUUAGCGUCCUCCGCGCCGCCUCGCUCGGCCGCCUCAGAAGCAGCAGCAGCAGCAGCAUCCGCAGCCUCCUGCUCAGCCCCCUCGCCUCCCUCGGCCUCCAGCCCAGCCCCGCCGGCCGGACCCUGGUCACCAGGCGCCCCGGGUCCCCCUCCGCCGUCCCUGCCGCCUCCUCCUCCUCCUCGCCCUCCCAGUGGACCAGCAACCCCGGCGCCGGCAUGGACGGGCCCGCCGCCGAGGCGCUGCUCGCCCCGCUCAGGCAGGCGGUGCGGCAGCAGGUGAGGCUGGACGGGGGGCUUGUUUGGAGGGGGGGGUCCUUUGUCCAUCAGUGGGGGGGGGAUGUCUGCCUGUGUUAGGAGGGGGGACUCCGCAUACUUUGGGUCGGGGGCUUCUCUCCUUUUCAUCCUAGGAUCUUGCCCCCCACCCCGCCCCCCCAAUCUGGAUGAGGGUCUCUAAAAUCUGCAUUUCUCUCUCUCUCCCCCCCCCCGGUGUGUGUGUGUGUGUGUGUGUGUGUGUGUGUGUAUAUAUAUAUAUAUAUAUACACACACACACCGUGUAUAUAUAUGUGUGUGUAUACACACACACACACACACACACACACAGUGGUACCUCGGGGUUACAGACACUUCAGGUUACAGAUGCUUCAGGUUACAGACUCAGGUUACAGACCCAGAAAUAGUACCUCGGGUUAAGAACUUUGCCCCAGGAUGAGAACAGAAAUUGCGCGGCGGUGGUGCAGCGGCAGCAGGAGGCCCCAUUAGCUAAAGUGGUGCUUCAGGUUAAGAACAGUUUCAGGUUAAGAACGGACCUCCGGAACGAAUUAAGUACUUAACCCGAGGUACCACUGUACACACAUUUAAACAUAAUACACAGAUAUACACACAUACUUAUAUACCCAUACAUACGCACACACAUAUAUAUCUGUAUCUAUAUAUAUGCACAUAACACAUAGGGAUAAAUAGAUGCACAUACAUAUAAACAGGGAUGCACACAUAUAUCUGGAGAUACACACACAGAGAGAGAGAGAGAGAGAGAGAGAGAGAGACAUAUAUAGUUACAAACACACAGGGAUAUGUCUAUAGAGGACUUCUCUUUCCCCCUUUCAAUAGGCUUCCCCUUGCAGUCUGGAUCUGUGUAGUGGGAAAGAGGUGAAUAAUCGCACCUGACAGCAAUACUGUCAGGCUGCAAAGACGCUUUACACAGGUGUAAGGCCCUGCUGGGUGCAGUGGGGCUCGAUUCUGAACAACCACACGUAUAGGAUUGUCCUGGGAGCCUUCUGAUCUGAGGAUACCCAGUGACAAGAUGCAGCUGCCCCUGGUUGUCCUUUACGCUUGGAACUGGGUGGGAUUUGCUUGGGAUUCUGGAUCCUGGGUGUUUUCGGGGGAUCCUAACCAACUCUUGAUUUGCGUGUCGUGAUGUGGCGUCCUUUCAAAACUUGAUUUAGGACAGGUGCUUCCUCUGGAUCCUUCCUUUGUUUGAUGCUUUCUCAUCCUAGUCAUCUUUCUCUGUUCCGGCUUGCAUGUCACUCUGCCCCCCAUUCACGAUGUAGCUGUAGAAUUAAGAGAUACAUACAAAUGCUUAAUUCCUGGUUAUUCUCCAAGGCUUUCCACUGUAGCUUUGAGGUGUGUAGGAAGUCACCAUUGCUUUAGAAUAACCCCCCUUUAGUUACUGAUCUGUAUCUACCUAAAGUUGGAUUCAUACAGACAUUCCUUAAUUCUGUUUGAGGAAAGUCCUCAUGUACAUUUGAAUUAAAGUGCUGUGUCUUUUUGCAGCAUUCCUGUUCUCAUAGAGAGCCCGUUGGGUGUGUUUGUGUGUAUGGCAGUGGGUCCUUUCCCCAGGUUCCUGAGAUUUGUCUUGUGUUACAGCUAAUUUCUCUGCUGCAUUUUCUUUCAUAUAACUAGGUUCCUAUAUUCCAUUUGGGUGGGUGAGAUUUACCUGAACAUAGAUCUGGGUCUUCUGUGAGAUUCCUGCCUUCCUCUUUAUAAACUCAUAUGCUUCUCUGCAGUUCUUCUCCCACUGUGAUAAGCCGAGCUGAGAACAAGAUAGAUAUGAACUCUUUCCCCCUGCUGUCCCAUAUACUGUGGAUGGUCUUUCCUCUCAUUUUCUUCAGCUGGAUUGCUCCAGCUGUUUAGAGGAAUGUGUUUAAGGUCCCCUUUCCCCCCUACAGUGUGAAAUGAUGAUUCAAACCCAUUUUUAGCAGAGUGGAGUCCACACAGAGCAUCGUUUUCUUCUCCCGCAUGUCUUACACAGCACAAUGCUCUAUACAUAUCUAUUAAGAAGUAAGCCCCAUUGGGUUCAGUGGUCCUAGGUUAGUGGGGGAUUGCAGCUUUAGCUUUCUACAGAGUUGUUUCACUUGGAAUGCAUUAUUCCUAAUGAACCUUUACCCUGCCCCUCAUGACACUCCUUUUGUAGACAGAUGUGAUACCUUGCAGUAAAGAAUUGAAUCUCUGCGCUCUCUGAUUCAAAGAUCUGUAGCCACUUUUGUUCAUUUGAAAAGAAGCAAACUAAGCAUUUUCUUAUGGUCUUUUGGGUAAGAUCAAGCGUAAUAUAUGUUCUUAUCAGUUUAAUAGGCUGUUCACUGCUUUGGGGGUCUUUAGGCUGAAAAGCAGUUUAUAUAAACAAAUUGUAGUCGUAAUAAUACAAUGGUUGUAAGGAUUUGGGAAUAUAUUUAGACUCCCAGUAGGGAUGAACGCCUAUUGAUAGACAGUGCUGCUUUAAAGCAUUGUACUGUUAAAUUUCCUUAACUUUUUUGUGGGGGAUUUCACAUGGUGGAGAUGAGCUGUUCUUCCCCACAUACCAUCUGACUCUCAGAUCUGCUUGGUUCCUGCAAUACUCUUUUAUAUCUUUGCAUCCUGGAGGGUGUAUGUCUAUAUAUUCCAGUCUAAUGCAAAAUUGGAUUUGUUUGGUUGUUUCACAACUGAGCAGAAGGCCCUGCAUACCCAGAUUAUUUAUAUACCUGAUCUUUAGAUACAUGGUUAUUUCUGUGUAAAUUCCCCAUUAUGCCACUAAGUUCACAGUCUAUUCUUGCUUAGCUAGUCAUGUAAAAUGGACUCAGAUGGGUGUCUUUACAUAACUGGAUGGGUAGCAUCUUAAUUAGUGUAUGCUUCAGCUUUGUUUUUCUUGUGAAUCAUCAUACACCAUCCCAAAUUACCUGGUUCUAAGGAGAUCUUGCUGAAUCAGGUUUUGGUGGCUUGAUGCAAGAGUCAGAGGUUAUCCUUUUAAAAGGAAUCUCAAUAGCUGACACACAAACACAGUCCUGUUUUCUUAAACAGGAAUCUUCCUGCUUUCUCAUAUUUGCAAUAAGGAAAUGCUGAAAGUAAAGCUUGGUGUGAGAAGGGACUUUUGCCAGGCACAGAGAGUGUGCUGUGUGAUGUGAAAUUAGCCUGGCAAAGAUUAAGAUCUGGUGAAUGAAGAGGAGGUUGUAUGGACUGUUGGCUUGUCCCCGUCAUUAGGGAACGAAGAAACACUUUAAUUACACCUCUGGACAGAUCUCCUUGAGUGAGAAAUCAGUCCUGGGCUGGGUUAAUGUUUUCCUCCUGCAGCAGUGCCUGAUGCAAUAGGCUUCUGUGUUCGAGGGGUGGAUCCCUUUCCCUGCCAUAAGGGACAAAGCUGCAGUGAAAACUGCCACAUCAGUCUAGCUCCGUUGCACUUUCUUUGGGUUGGGCAGGUUCUCUCAAAUAAAUGAAUCCUGUCGGCAUUUCCUUCCUCUCCCUCCCUCCCCCCCUGCCUCCCCCCGCCUCAGUUUCUGCCUUUUUCCUGUGUGCUUCGGACUUUCUAUUUCUUGACAUGUGAAACUGCAAAUGCUGCUGGCUUUUUAAAAAUGCAUGCUUCCCCCCUCCCUUUCAUUACUGGUGACUGCAGAUUUCAAAUGUCUUUUUAAUAUUGCUUUCCUGAGGUUUUAUCUCUCAGCCGACCCUCUCUUCCUCCCUUCUUCUCCUUCCCUUCUUUUCUAGCUUAAAAAAACAACCUUCAGUUCCCUCCCUUCUGCCACGUUAGCCUGCAACUGCAGUGACUUUGAGUCAAACUUUCACAUUCAGAAUCAAGCUCGUUGUUAGUCUGGCUGCAGCAAUGGACACUGUCGGGUUUCUCUUUCGCUUCUUCUCUGAUGAGUUUGUGGUCUGUCAUGCUUGGCGUGCCUGCCUCUUCUUUGAUUAAUCUCAUAAGGAUGGAGAUUUCUUUCCACAUCUGAAGCUCUUUCCCUCCUGCUCAUAUUUUCCUUUGCCCUCGACUUCUGCUCUUCCUGCCAGCUGCUUGUCGGUGGAGCGAACGGUUUACCAGUGUAGAAAGAACUUAUUAUAAAAAAUGCGGUCCCAUUUGAGACCAUCAAUAAGGAAAAUCUAUUUAGGGGGAAGAUUGAUGCUAAACUGUGAUGUGUGAAACUAGGAAGGUGAUGGAGUUUAUAGUCUUUUUUUUAAAAAAUGAAUCUAAUCCUUAAGGCAUUCUGCUAGUCCGGUGCCCUCCAGAUGUUUUGGACAACAACUGCCACCAUCUGGCCGGGGCUGAUGGGAGUUAUAGUCCAAAACAUCUGGAGGGCACUAGGUUGGCAAAGGCUGUUGUGGGAUAUAUCCAGCUAAGCCCUUGCAUUGGUUUGUCCAGCUCCAUACAAUCUCACCUGCUGGGAGCAGUCAAGACAGUAGACUUAUUGAGUGUCGACUUUUGUGUAUGCCCCUCCCCAUAUAUGCACUUACCCACACCCCAAAUCUGGGGAACUGUGAUUGUGACUCACUAGGGUUUGUACCCUUUGUGUAUAUAUUCACUGCAAGACUCCAGAUGCAUAAUUUGUGACAAACUACUUGGGAAUUCUGAGUAGGCGUUCCAAGGUUGUACACAGACUCUAUGGAUGGAACCUGGGACUUUUGGAGUUCUAUCCACCUAAGUUUCACAGUAAUGUUGCUCUGCCCUGUUUUCCAUGUAAGGAAAAACUAGUAUUGAAUUUUGUGUGAAAAUUGAAGUGUGUGAUAUAAGACCUAUGGUGGUUCUCAGCUAUGGGACCCAGUAGAUACAGCGUGGAAGAGAAAUUUGUCAUAGCCUAUCCUCCCAGGACUGUUGUGAAUGUGAGAUAAGAAAUCCCUAGUAAGAAUGACUUUUCCUAACCUACAUUCUUAUCAACCCACGGUGAAACCAUCCUUAAGCCUUUAUCAAGAUGUCUGCAAUCAGUUGCAUUGCUGUCUUUCAAAAUCAUAUGGCUUUUAUUGAAAUGCCGUAAUAACUUGCUUCUGUCAAUUUGUUUUUGUUUACUGUCACAUCUUUCAGAAAACCAAUGAUACCGAAGUGCUGGACACACUUCCUAGAAAGUAAAUUGCAUUCACACAGUGGGACUUGACUUCUUGGUAAAAGUACAUAGACUGUGACGCACCACACUCUGUGCAUUUCUUUGUGAGAGCUCACUCCCCACUGCCUUCAAAAGGCAAUUGUACUGGUUUAAACAUCAUUGUGGGUCAGGUAUCGCUUGUCCCUCAAAUCCAUGUGUAUGUUGUGAGUUUAAGUGGCAGAAAAGUGCUGUUUCUGCUGGCAAUUCCUCGCCGCCCAACUAUGUUCAUGGGAUUUCUUUCAGAACUGAACCCGUACUGACUGUUUGCAAUUCUUUUUCUAGGGCGAACUUGUUCGAAAGUUGAAGGAAGAGAAGGCUCCCCAGGUGGAUGUAGACAAAGCAGUAGCUGAACUCAAGGCUCGCAAAAGAAUCCUCGAAGCAAAGGUGAGCCUUGGGGGUCAAUUUUUUUGUUGGCUUUUGGUUCCCCGCCCACCCCCCUUAUGCCAGAGUAAAUGAUCAAGGUUUAGGGUUGCACUGACAAGUUACAAUGAACUUCAGACUUUUGUGCCUCCCCUCCCCUUUUCUUCCUCCAUUGUGCCUGCAAGGAGGUGGCUGGAAGUUUCGGUGUCCAUUUCCAGAUUAACCAUAGUUCAGCAUUUCCUGCAAAUGCCAGUCUAUGGUUCUUCUUGAUUAUGGUUAGUGAUAGCAUGCCAGAUUCAAAGUGUUGGUACUGACCUUUAAAGUCCUAAAUGGCUUCGGCCAGUAUACCUGAAGGAGCGUCUCCACCCCCAUCGUUCAACCCAGACACUGAGGUCCAGCUCCGAGGGCAUUCUGGUGGUUCCCUCCCUGCAAGAAGUGAGGUUACAGGGAACCAGGCAGACGGCCUUUUCGGUAGUGGCGCCCACCGUGUGGAACACCCUCCCAUCAGAUGUCAAGGAAAUAAACAACUAUCUGAUUUUUAGAAGGCAUCUGAAGGCAGCCCUGUUUAGGGAAGUUGUUAAUGUUUGAGGUUUUAUUGUGUUUUUAAUAUUUUGAGGGAAGCCAACCAGAGCGGCUGGGGAGGCCCAGCCAGAUGGGCAGGGUAUAAAUAAAUUAUUAUUAUUAUUAUUAUUAUUAUUAUUGGUAAACUUAAAGUUGUAAGUGGGGUGGCUUUCCUCAUCUGUCGUCGAGGCUAACUUCAUGCUUCUAAACUGCUCCUGGCUGCACUGGGUGGGGGUUGCCUGGCCUAUCUUUGUAAUGCUCAACCACGGUUUAGACCAGCCUUUGCCAACUCGCAUCAGUCCAACUUGUAUUUAGGCCAGGCAUAGGCAAACUCGGCCCUCCAGAUGUUUUAGGACUACAACUCCCAUCAUCCCUGACCGCUGGUCCUGUAACUUGGGAUGAUGGGAGUUGUAGUCCCAAAACAUCUGGAGGGCUGAGUUUGCCUAUGCCUGAUUUAGGCACUCGCUGGGUGGCCACUGGAAACAAGAAUUGCAUGCUGAUGAGUGAGCAGGUGGGCCAAGUGGGAAAUGAGUGCUCUUCUGGGUCCAGCAUAGAAAGCAAAUGGGCUGCGGGAGAAGCCAUGAAAUACUCCUUCCCUCCUUGGUCAACCCCCAGAAGGCUAGCAGAAAUUUUGGCAGAUUAGUAACUUUUAUGGAUUUAUUCUCCUGCUCUUGAGGGUAGGACUUAAGGCAAUGGCUUCAAGUUAUAAGAAAGGAGAUUCCAACUAAACUUUCAAAAAAACUUUCUGACAGCUACGAGAGGUGACGGACUCUCCUUCAUUGGAGGUUUUUAAGCAGCAGUUGGAUGGCCAUCUGUCACGGAUGCUUUAGCUGAGAUUCCUGCAUUGCAGGGGGUUGGACUAGAUGACCCUUGGGUCCCUUCCAACUCUAAGCUUCUGUGAUUUAGAAGACCGCAGUACAGCAGUCAAAACAUUGAAACACCAGCACGAGAGGACUAAAAAGCAACUGGGCCAGUUUAAAAAAUAAGUUGGUGCAGCAGGAGGUUAAAGCAGCUUAAAAGCCACAAUGGAAUUAUUAAAAAAGUGUCUAAACCUUGAAAAGAAGGGUUCUAGCUGAACGUCUUGUUGGAGAAUUCCACAGUCUGGAUGCCACUUCUGAGAGAGCCGACAUCUGUGUUCCCAUGAAGCUCUCCUGCAGUAGUGAAGGAACACAGGGUAGCACCUCCUACGUAGUGUGGAAAGAGGCAGUCCUUCAAAUAACCUGGUCCUAAGCCAUUUAUAGUUUCUUAAAUUCUACCUUCUCAGCUCUACUGUACUGGACUGGGUCACAUAUAGCAAAAAGCAUUGCUUCUCCCCUCUAGUUUAUUUCAAAGUCUCAUGUGCAGAGACUGUCAUGUCUUGGGGGCCGUAUAAACACCAUUUGCAUUUUUCUUCUUUUAAACAUCAUUUAAGUUUUUGGAAUUUGGCAUCCCAGCUAUGUUAGGCUUAUUAAAAUUUUGCAUCGUUUCCCAAUGUGUAAGCCACACAGUGAUCUGCAACCACAGUAAAGUAAGGAAAUAUAAUCACACAGAGAUUAUUAAAAACAUAUUUAACAAUGUUGUUGGUGCUAUAUUAUCUUUGAGGAGAGCUGGUUAGUUUCCUUCUGGUGCUAAAUAAAUGCAUCUUAGCAAUAGGACUUACACGGAGAUCCCUUUUCCCCCAGUAGCACCCAUUUUAUCAGGAAAUUUCUCAAAAGGUGUCUAUUGAUUGUACCAUGUCUAUAGGCUGCUUUCUAAGCCAUCUGUUUUUGUAAGCUAUCCUCCCCCAAGCUGGUGCCCCCCAGAUGUUUUGAUCUGUAAUUCUCAUCAGCCCUGGGUAGUGCACCUGUGUUGGGUGGGACUGAUGGUCUUGUAGUCCAAAACAUCUGGCGAGCACCAGGUUGUGAGAAGCUUCCCUAAACACUUAACUGGGGACUUCAGCUACUUUUCUGGAGGUUUUUCCAUCACUGGCUCCUUGUCAUGUGCGCUUCAGAGUCCUGGCUCCGAUGCAGCUGAAAGCAGCAUGCCCUAUGACAGUGUUUAAAAAUAGCUUUUACAGAUGUUGGGCAGCUUCAGAUACAAGCAGAAGACGUCCAGCACUAUUCUGCUUUAUGCAGGGCAAUGUAUCUCUAAAGAGGGAGGUGUGUGUGCUACUGAGAGAAAGAGAGAGAAUAAUCGGAUCAGGGAAGAACUAUUUUAGUUGAAAUCUAUCAUUCGUUUUUUUACAGGAGCUAGCUUUGCAGCCAAAGGAUGAUAUCGUGGACAGAGCUAAAAUGGAAGAUACUCUGAAGCGAAGGUUUUUCUAUGACCAGGCUUUUUCUAUUUAUGGAGGUACCCAAUUUAUAAUUGUAAUUGUGGGCUCUUUAGAGCAUGAUUUCCUGUGUUCUCCACCAUUUAUUUAUUUUUGCAGUCUUAGGCCAUGAUAAAAUGCACAAUACAGGAUGUAAUGAUCAACAUAAGGCAAGCGGUAACAUAGAAAUCAAAUUUAACAAUAAAAAUAAUGAAAGCUGUUGGAGAUCUAGCUUACCAUCUGCAUUAAGCUGAAUGGUGCAAAAAAAAUUAGGUGGGUGUAUGAUACUGUCAGGGGAUGUGGGUGGUGCUGUGGUCUAAACCACUGAGCCUCUUGGGGUUGCCGAUCAGAAAGUCGGUGGUUUGAAUCCCCGCGAUGGGGUGAGCUCCUGUUGCUCGGUCCCAGCACCUGCCAACCUAGCAGUUCAAAAGCACACCCAAAAGUGCAAGUAGACAAAUAGGUACCACUCCGGCGGGAAGGUAAAUGGUGUUUCCGUGCGCUGCUCUGGUUUUGGUGUUCCGUUGCACCAAAGACGGCUUAGUCAUGCUGGCCACAUGACCUGGAAAAACUGUCUGCGACUGGACUUAACUGUCAGGGGUCCUUUACCUUUUACCUUUUAUGAUACUGUCAUUCAGUGCAAUUUAUUGCUUGGGUCUAAUUCUAACACUGCUCCAUAGUACAUCAUGAGCAAAUUCUUUUUAUGGGUUUAAACUUUAUAGGAAAUUGUAAAUUCCCUUUGAGGAGAGCCUUUGCUUUACUUAAAACUAUAUCUGGUUUUUGUAGGUUAUUUUAGACAGGUAUUACUGUAACAGACCUUUUAAUCUCCACUAGUGGAGCAAAAUACUUGCGAUGUAAUCCUAUGCACACUUACCUGGAGUGUGUCUCACUGAUCUUGAGCUCAGUGGUGCUUGCAUCCUAGUAAAAAUUGCCAGGAGAUGCUUCUCUCCAUGUCAGAAGGAAGUUUCUCACGGUUAUUGGUAGGAUGAGUUAAUUGCCUUAAUCUGCAAAAAUUCAACUGUGUAAUAGCCAGCAGUAGUAAGGAGAUAACAAUUAAUUAUGUUCUAUAUUAUGGCACUAAUAAAAUGUUGCAAAACUUUUUAUAAUGCUCAUGUUGUAGAUUGCAGACGGGAAUUCUGUUUUUUUACCUAUUUAUUUGGAAUGGUGUGUGUGUGUGUUCACAGCUUGUCUCUCUUGCAGGUGUGAGUGGCCUGUAUGAUUUUGGUCCUGUGGGUUGUGCUUUGAAGAACAAUGUAGUUCAUGCCUGGAGGCAGCACUUCAUCCAGGAAGAGCAGAUUCUUGAGAUAGACUGCACCAUGCUCACGCCAGAGCCUGUUCUGAAGUAAGUAGCAUGUCAUCCUACUGUUUUAUUAUUAAUAUUUUAUUUGAAGCUUUUUCAGUUCUACAAAAUAAAGUGAAAAAAGAAAGAGAAUGUUGUAUAUGGUACCUCGGUUUACGAACUUAAUCCAUUCUGGAAGUCCAUUCUUAAACCAAAUCUGUUCUUAAACCAAGGUGCGCUUUCCCUAAUGAGGCCUCCCACCUCCAGUGCCCUUCCACCAUUCGGUUUCCGUUUGUAGACUGAGGUAAAGUUUGCAAACCAGGACACUACUACUGGUUUUGUAGGGUUCGUAAACCGAAUCAUUCGUAAACAGGACUGUUCUUAAACCGAGGUAUCUCUGUGUGUAUAUGCAUGCGCUUGCGCUUAUAUAGGUACCGCUGCAGCGAGAAGGUAGAUGGCUGCUCAGGAUGUUUCCUGAAGUAUAACCCUGUCAUUUUGCAGAAUGUGAAUUCUACCACAGUAGUAUUGCUUUUGGUUUACUGUUUGGGUAGCUUUGCAUUGCGAAUUGGUUUAGAAAUCCGCUAAUGAAUAAAAUAAAUCUUGAUGCCAUGUGCGAUGACGCUACUCUUGACCAUUGCAGGACCUCCGGCCACGUAGACAAAUUUGCAGACUUCAUGGUGAAGGAUGUGAAAAAUGGGGAGUGUUUUCGAGCUGAUCAUCUCCUGAAAGGUAUGCUGAGCUGCGAGAGCAGGACUGGUUUGCAUGUUCCCCACCCACCCGCCUCAGCAUUGAUCUAACAAAUGUUUUUAGAUUGAAAGUUUUAAUCUCUCUCCUCUCCCAAGCGAAAGCCAAGUUAGCAUAAGCCAUGUAUUAUGCUGGGCUGGCAUAUCUUCAGCACCGUAUUUUCAAUAUCCUCCCUCCUUUCUCUGCAGCUGUCAGGACUGGAAACGGAAUGCCGUCUUAAGAGUGACUUAGACAGUUUCUAAUCCUUUUUUUAAGCCAUCCAGGUUGGUUGCCAUCCCUUCCUCUUGCGGGAGUGAGUGCCACAGUUUAACCAUGUGCUGUGAGAAGACGGUACUUCUUCACACAGCUCAUAAACUCUAGAAUUCGCUCCCACAAGAAGUAGUGACGGUCACCAUGAUGGUCACCAACUUGGGCGGCUUUCAAAGAGGAUUAGACAAAUUCAUGGAGAGUAAGGCAAUCAGUGGCUACUAGCCAUGACAGCUAUGCUCUUAUGUUCACUGUAUGCCUCACAAUACCAGCUGCUGGGAACUCGUAGGUUUGGUGAAUUUCUGUUGCAUCUGGUUGGCUGCUGUGAAAACAGGAUGCUGGACUGCAUGAGCCUUUGGCCCAAACCCAGCAGCAGCUACUUUUUGUUCUUAUUCUGUGAAAAUGAUACUAGAAACAUUAAAUUGUGCCAGCUCUGGGAGGGCUGAGGAUGUUCUCUCCCUGAACAUGUUGGGAGAAAGGGCAGAGCCAAAUUGGUUUCCCCGAUUCGGUUGCUUUCAGACAUUUAUCUUCAAAAACUCUUUUCUACAUUGACACUCGAGUUGAGGAACCCUCUAUGCACUAUAGAGAAGCCUGGAGGGUAUUUGAGCACAAGUCAGACUUGUUGGGCCUCAGGCUCACCUUGAACUGGGAGCAUGGAACUCUCUCCUAUAGCUGUGCUUUGCAGAAGGAAGUCACUAAUGAUGGAUAUGAUAGACAUGUUUCUCUGAGAAACCUAUCAUUACUGAUCUCUGCUUUGGGGAUCUUGGGGGCUCCUCGGAGACCUAUUUUUGGAAACUGCCCAUCUAGUUCUUAGAAUCUGCAUUCUGGUGGGCUUUGUGGUAGGCCACGAACGCUUCUUUCUGCCUUCUAUUGCAGCUCACUUACAGAAGCUGAUGUCGGACAAGAAAUGUACAGCUGAGAAGAAGGCUGAAAUGGAGAAUGUUCUGACACAGGUCAGUAUGUGGCUGUGCAAACGGAAACGGAGGCGCAAGCUUUCAAUUACUUACUUUGGGUUUCCUGGGAAGAAUUAAGACACCGGACGAACUUGGAAGUUAACAUCUCACAAAUGAGUUUUCUGCAGGUCAUAGAUCAGUGGCGAAUUCGUUUGGUGGGGUGGCUGUUUGCGGUGUGUAGAUUGUAAAGGUUUGUUCCACAUACCUGCUGGGAAUCUAUUACAAUUGCCCAGUGGUGGGCAAUUGGUUCCGUGGUUCCAUUACAGGCAAAUUCAGAGCUCCACAUGUAGCAUGAAGUCUAUCAAGUAAGAAACUUUCUCCUCCCCUGUUUCUGGCCUUUGAAUAAUUUCUAGUCCUGCUUGUCCAAAUCUGUGCAGCUGACAUUUGUGAAACUUGCUUCUCUGUAGAUUGAGCAAAGCUGAAAGGGAGCUCUUGGCUGAUCCGUGCCUAUAUGUUUUCUUUUGCUUUGGAUAAAGCAAGGUGGAUGCUGGGAUAAUAACAACAACCUGGUGGGGGAACUGAGAUUUGGCAAUCUGUAGCUGUGAUACUUGCCUGUGCUGAGAGUGGCCCAAGAUGCAGUUGGCUUGUGGCACUUGGCCCUGGCUCACUUGGCGGGAGUUGACCUAUUCAUUUUUUCAUUGACCCAAUGUGAGUAAGAAGGGGAAGGAAUGGAAAUAAGCAGCUGGAGCCCCUGCAGCCAUGUCUGCUUCCCUGAAGAGAAAUCCCCAUUUGUCAGAGCAGAUGCAAGAGGUGUAUGUGGCGAGAAACACACACUUGAUACCUUCAGUGUAGGCAGUCGACACUUGCACUGCUGUCGCCCAUCCUCUCCCGACUGGGUCCUCCUGUAGAAGUAGCUGUUGGCCAUAGAAAGGGAAAGACGGACCACCCCUCCUUCCUAGGAGGCAUUUGCAGCAGUUCAUAACCUCGCAAGAGAAGGAAAAGAGGUUGUUCCUCCUUGUACCCGUUGUGCACUUAUCUCAAAGUCCUUCAACUUGCAGAUUUGGUUUUCUGAUCCUCACAAACAGCUGGCAUUGCGUUAGGGCAUGAAAAUAUAGAAGGAUUAUAGAAGGCUUUUUAAUUUACUUUCUGAGGUAGGGAGAGGGGGAACCUGUGGCCCUCAAGAUCUGGUUGGCCUUCACUCCCAUCGGGCAACAUGGUCAGCAGUGAAGGAUGAUGGGAGUUGUUGUCUGGCAGCAUCCAAAGGGCCACAGGUUCCCCAGCCCGCCUCUUUCCCUGCCAGCCCUCUUCAUAGCACUCUUUGGGAAAUGUGUGACAGUGUUUCUGUUUGUCUGCGUUGCUCUGGCCCCUUAUCACCAGAAUGCCCUUGUAAGAGGCUGCGCUGGCAAAUCCAUGCUUGUUGCUUCCCCCAGUAAAAUGCCAGGAUUAAUCCUUUGCAGUUUCUCAUAAGGGGCUGGUGUCUUUUCAAAGAGGAGACAGGGUGGAUAGAGUUAAGUCUUUGCUGCAGGUUCCUGUGUUAAAUGCCUUUCGUGUUUUGCUCCUAGUUGGACAACUACGGCCAGGAAGAGCUUGCGGAUCUGUUUGUGAACUACAACGUGAAGUCUCCCAUUACUGGAAAUGACCUCAGUCCUCCGGUGUCCUUCAAUCUUAUGUUCAAGACCUCUAUCGGGCCUGGAGGAAACAUGCCAGGGUAAAUUAAGCAUGGAUGUUGACAUAUUUCUUGUGACCUACUGGGCUUGACGAGGGUGACUGGCUCGUACUACAGCUGAAUACAUUCCAUUGUGUUCUGCUUAUAGUCAACUAACCCUCCCCAGGAGGAGGUCUUGGGGAUCUUCAAUUUGUUUGGGGUGGUGUGUGUGUGUUGCUGAACCUACCAGUGAUGGAGGAGGGACUGGGGUAGUGAUGUAUGGAACAAUUGAGACUGCUCCCUGCACCCCAAACCCACAAAUGCUCAAGCGUAGUGGUUUUCCCCCACAUGCGAUUUGGAAAUUCUGGGGUGGGAAGGUUUAGCAAGGGCUAGGAGUCAUGGAGCUAGGAAUGAGCUAAAUUCAAAAGCCGCUUGGGACUCGACAGGAAAUACUUGCACCAGGCCAUGGUAGUCAACUCAGCUCAAUGUGGGGUGUUUUUGUUCUUAUCCUAAUAUAACAUAAAGGUGACCAAAUUUACUGCUGAGUGGGUUAUUCGCAGCAUCUCUCUUUGGCUAGACUAGCCUUGCAAUCUUUAAUUUUAUAAGCUUAGAAAAGCAUCACAGAAUUGUAGAGUUGGAAAGGGUUCUGAGGGUCAUCUAGUCCAACCCCCUUCAAUGCAGGAAUUUCAGCUAAAGCAUCCAUGAGAGAUGAUCACCCAACCUUUGCUUAAAAACCUCCAAGGAAGGAGAGUCCACCACCUCCCGAGGGAAUCUGUUCCACUGUUGAACAGCUGUUGCUGUUAGAAAGGUCUUCCCGGUGUUUAAUUAUGUGGCCCUAAGACGGAUAAGCAGCAGUGAUGCCUCAGGCUGUCAGCUACUUGUAUCAUAGGGUGCAGUAAAGCAAUAAAGUGAAAAUUGGUUUAAAAUCGAACAGUAUUUAGUGUUCCUGUUCCUAGAAAAACAAGCACAUGAGGAGGAAGACACUGAGAAUACGGAACCAGAUGCAAGCCUUAAUAAUAAAUUUGGGAUUGGGUCAGGGGGAAUUAUUGAGGCUCAGAACCUUUUCCCCUCACCCCAGCCAAGCAAGCCAGCAAAGGGAGUCUGAGCAGUCGGGGGAGAGAUACUGGUUGUACUUUUUGAUUGCAAGACAAUUUGCCCCAGAUAAAAAGUUGGGGAACUAGGCCCGUCUGCUCUCAGGAGAGUUAUUUUCCUGCUUCUCAGUUGCUUUCAUUGUUGGAUUUCAUUUGUGUGUUUUUUUAAAGUUACCUGAGACCGGAAACUGCGCAGGGGAUCUUCCUGAACUUUAAACGCCUCUUGGAAUUUAACCAAGGCAAACUUCCUUUUGCUGCUGCUCAGAUUGGGAAUUCCUUCAGGAAUGAGAUCUCUCCUCGCUCAGGCCUCAUUAGAGUCAGGUACUGUAAGCAUUCUUCUAUGACAGAGUUUGUUAAAACUAUAGACUUUCUCUCUCUCUCUCUCAGCUUGUAAGGGAAUGGAACCAUGGGUGUGUCUUCCUAAAAUGUUCCCGAUGCAGUCACCUCUCUACAUGUUGAUUUCUAAAAAGACCCUGUUGCAUAAUCAUUGGAAAUAUCAACAGCACUGUCUGUGGCAUAUCAUAAAUUUGUGAAUAUUUGUCAUUUUUACUUUGCUUUCCCACAUUGACUUUAACUGGAUCCCCAGAAGUAGAACAUUCCACAGUGCAGAUAUUUGGUGUGGGUUUUUUGAGAGAAAGGGGAAAUGGUUUUAGGUAGACGGGUUACUGUUGCAACUGUCUUGAGAUUUUCACUGCACUUAUUUGUUCUUUGGGUGGCUAAAAAGCGGUGGACCUUUUAUAUAUUCUCUGUUCUCUGUUUGUUCUCUUUACAGUUGAAUAAAUAAUUGUAUAAUUUAUAAUUGUAUAAUUUAUAAUUGAAUAUAUGGUGCCAAAUGCUCGCAGCUUUAGCAUGAACUUUGCCCUUGGGUUCCCUAUCCCAGUGUCCACUGGGUGACUCCAGCUCUCUGAGUCUGAGAGGCCACGAGACAUUGAGAUGGAUUGACCUGUGUACGUGGUGUUGUGUAGAGCUUGUGGGUUAUCUCACCUUUAUGGGAGAUGCUAUAGUGGCUCUCAAGCAGAAUAGCUACUAAACCGAGGGCAUGCCUUUGUCUUUUAGGGAAUUCACAAUGGCAGAAAUUGAGCAUUUUGUGGAUCCCAGUGAGAAGCAUCACCCUAAGUUCCAGAAUGUAGCAGACCUUCACAUCCUCUUGUACUCUUCCAAAGCCCAGACCAGUGGGCAGUCGGCUCAUUCCAUGCGUCUGGGGGAUGCUGUUGAGCAGGUACUGAAAGUGUGUUUUGCAGUAGAAGCGUGUGAAGAAAAUAUGGAAGAGAACACCAUGAAUUCUGCUAGAUACUCACCUUUGUGGAGAACUAGAUGAGGUCUGCAUAUUGCAGUUUCUGAACAAGAAGCAACACAGAUUAAUUCUGUAUUCACUCUACAAGUUUAGCCUUAAUUAUGAUGGAAAGCAUCUGGUAUCUGAAGAAGUGUGCAUGCACACGAAAGCUCAUACCAAUAACAAACUUAAAGGUAAAGGGACAUCUGACCAUUAGGUACAGUUGUGGCUGACUCGGGUCGCGGCGCUCAUCUCGCUUUAUUGGCAGAGGGAGCCGGCAUACAGCUUCCGGGUCAUGUGGCCAGCAUGACUAAGCCGCUUCUGGCGAACCAGAGCAGCGCACGGAAACGCUGUUUACCUUCCCGCUGGAGCUGUACCUAUUUAUCUACUUGCACUUUGACGUGCUUUCAAACUGCUAGGUUGGCAGGGGCAGGGACCGAGCAAUGGGAGCUCACCCCAUCACGGGGAUUCGAACCGCCAACCUUCUGAUCGGCAAGUCCUAGGCUCUAGGCUCUUAGAGACAAACUUAGUUGGUCUCGAAGGUGCUACUGGAAGGAUUUUUUUUGUUUUGUUUUGACUACGGCAGACCAACACGGCUACCUACCUAUAACUAUGAUGGAAAGUCUCAGCACCUUUCCAGAACUAAAAUCCUCUGAUUUUCCAAGGCAGAGACAUGUUGGGUUUGCUUUUACUACACGUAGGAAUCUUCAUGUUGACAAAAAAUUGUGCUUCUGAUAACCAUUAUUGAGAUUUGGUUGUGGGUCCCACUGCUCAGCUGUGAACAAGCCCUUAAAACACCUCGGCAUCAAAAUCCUGUGGAAUUGAUAAAAAGAUUGGUCUUAACUUAACUUUCCUUAUUCAAUACAUGGAGGAUGCUGUUGAAAUGUCAUGGAAAAGGGCCCGGUAUUUUGUACCGCAAGUCAAGCAGUGUUCAAAACUCCCUAGACACCAGGCACGAUUUGCGACUGGCGCGGGUCCAGUUGCGACCAUGUGGAGAUCUCUGGUUGGUGACCGGAGAAAGCAAAAUGCCACUCGGGAGGUUCUGAAAUAUUGUCCUUGAAGCUUGAAUUUGUUUAAUUCUGGAUCAUUCAAUUUGAAGUUUGAAUGUGUUAUAUACCGCUUUGAGAUUUAUAAAUAUAAAAUAUAAAGCGGUAUAGAAAUGAACAACAGCCACAAUAACAACUGCAAUAGAAAAAACUGUUGUAAAAAAAAAGAGGCACCUAGACAUUCCAUUGUGGCAACCGCAACCUAGGUUUAAGGUGCCAUUUGGCGAUUAGCUUAUACAGUACAUCUGAGCUUCUAACACUGAACACAAGGUGUACAGCACUGUUGUUGUUGUUGUUUAGUCGUUUAGUCGUGUCCGACUCUUCGUGACCCCAUGGACCAGAGCAGCCAGGCCCUCCUGUCUUCCACUGCCUCUCACAGUUUGGUCAAACUCAUGCUGGUAGCUUCGAGGACACUGUCCAACCAUCUCAUCCUCCGUCGUCCCCUUCUCCUUGUGUCCUCCAUCUUUCCCAGUAUCAGGGUCUUUUCCAGGGAGUCUUGUCUUCUCAUGAGGUGACCAAAGUAUUGGAGCCUCAGCUUCAGGAUGUGUCCUUCCAGCGAGCACUCAGGGCUGGUUUCCUUAAGAAUGGAUAGGUUUGAUCUUCUUGCAGUCCAUGGGACUCUCAAGAGUCUCCUCCAGCACCAGAAUUCAAAAGCAUCAAUUCUUCAGUGCAUAUUUACUUGAGGAAGCAGUUUUUGGCUUUGGGCAUCCCAUCUCUCUCUCUCCUUUCAGGGUGUAAUCAAUAACUCGGUGCUUGGUUACUUCAUUGGCCGCAUCUACCUCUACCUUGUCAAAGUCGGCAUCUCUCCAAACAAGCUGCGCUUCCGACAACACAUGGAGAACGAAAUGGCCCACUACGCCUGCGACUGCUGGGAUGCAGAGUCCAAAACAUCCUACGUAAGUGAUUUGAUAGCUGCAGAGGCUUCUGUAUUAAUCGACGGGAGGUGGGGAGAGGAGAGAGUUUGGCUAACUCACGCGGUGGUGUGCUGAACAGAGGCGAAUCCUUUUUUCUUCUUUCAGGGGUGGAUUGAAAUUGUUGGCUGUGCUGACCGCUCUUGCUACGACCUCUCUUGCCACGCCAGAGCCACCAAAGUUCCUCUUGUAGCUGAAAAGCCUCUGAAGGAACCCAUAUCCUUUCAGAAAUAAAACAGUUCUAACUCACGGGGAAUUGAGCUGGGAGGAUGUGUGAGUUCAACUAAUGGUUUUCCGUUUGUGAGGCUGCUGGGAGUAAAUUCAGGAAGCUCUCUUGAAGCUUCCUGAAAAAUCAGUGAUAUUUUACAUACACACACAACACACACAGAUAUGAUUCUUUUUAUUUAAAACAGAUUCUUUUUUAUUUAAAUCGGAUUUUAAAAUAAAAUGCUUUUGCGGGAAACGUCUUUCUAAAGAUAGUUUUCUAUUUCAGUUACAUUAGAGUCCAAAGCCUAUUCAUCUGGAAAUAAGGAUUUGUUUUAAGUUUUUCAUGUUCUUCCUGUUCCCUUGGGAUUCCUUAACGUAACCUGCACAAAACAGCCAACGUCGUUCAGUUCGAAGCAAAUAAGGGAGCCAUUGGCAAGGCUUACAAAAAGGACGCCAAACUGGUGCUGGAAUACCUUUCCAUCUGUGAUGAGUGCUACAUCAAUGAGAUGGAGAAAUUGUUGAACGAAAAAGGGUAAGUGUUUGAGCCUGAGGGAGGUGAAUCAGGCACUUUCCACCCACCAAUUUGUGCCGUGAUGCUCAGAUUGGAGCACAAAUAACUUGCGACUGAAUUGUCACCCAGAGAGUUGCUUUGGUUCUGGGGCUUUGCUUUCUGAUCUCAGACUAUCUCGGGUUUUGUUGACGAUGCGGCUGGCAAACUGUCAUUUGUGUCAACUCUGUAGUAUGUCUGCAGAAAUCUUUGUUUUUCGUAGAUGAAAUUUGCUUUUGGAUCACAAGAACCAGUAGUACAUAGAUCCUCUUGCAGCUGACUCAAGAGCUUUGGCAAGGGCGGAAGAGCUUGUGAAAGAUCUGAAAAAGCCUGUGCAAUUUGUACUUAAAAAUUGGGAUUAGAAGAUGAAAGGAGACUGAAUUGGCCGCCAAUCAGCAAAGGCUCCCAAUUGACACUCCUUUUCCUUCAUUAAAAAUAAAUAAAUCCCCAAAUCCAUAGAAGUAUCAGGAAAUGCUCAUUUGCCAAGGGGUCAGCAAACUUUUUCAGCAGGGGGCUGCUCCACUGACCCUCAGACCUUGGGGGGCCGGGCAGACUAUAUUUUGAAAAAAUAAAAAAUAAAAAUGAUUCAAGAGCAGCACGAGCCCUGGUGGCUGCUUACCUGUGUCCUGUGAGCGGCAGGGGCUGGUGGAGGGAUGAUGAGCAGCGCGUGAAAGGGCUCUGGAGAGGGGCUGCUUAAGAUGGCAGUCGCUUGAGCGCUGCUGCUGCUGGCUCCAACAAAGCCCAGCCCCCUUCCUUCUCUGGGCAGGGCGGGGAGAAGCCAGGAGGAGGGAGGGAGGGAGGAGGCGCCACCGCCAUCAUCGUCGUGUGUGGGAGAGGGAAAGAACGUGCGCGCUGGUGAUCCAUGUGGUGAUUCCUGGACCGUUCACGGGCCGGAUCCAGAAGGCAAUUGGGUCUGAUCCGGCCCGCGAUCCUUAGUUUGCCUACCCAUGGCCUACAUCUGCAUUAGAGCAAUACCUUUAUUAGGCUAAUCUUUUUUUUUUUUUUUUAAAAAAGAUAUUUAUUAAAGUUUCAACAUAUUACAAAAAUAAGAGAAAAGAGAAAGAAAAAGAGAAAAAGAAAAAAAAGAAAAAAUGGACAUACAAAGUAAAAACGAUUAAAAACAGAUCAGUCUUUCCAUAUCUUAUCUUUCAUUUGCUUGUUUCCCUGACCUCCUCACACCUCCCUUUUUUGUAUUCCAGUUCAAUUAGUUAAUUCAGCAAAUCCUUUCCCUCUUUGAUUUUAUCUUAAUCUUUUAUCUUAAUAUAUUAUAACUUUAGAUUAUCACCUGUUAACCAUCCAUUUUUACAUAUUCCUUUAUAACAUUGCUGCUAAAAACCACUUAACUUCAAUCCAACAUCAUUCUAACAUUCAUUAAUUUUGCAGUAUUUCUGUAGAUAGUCUUUAAAUUUCUUCCAAUCUUCUUCUUUAUUAGGCUAAUCAGUAUGUUGCAGAAUUGAUUAGACUGAGUCUUUCCCCCUCUGUGUUCUCCAUCUGCAAUACUUCCCUCCAAUUCCCAUAAUCCUCUUCAUUUAAUGGAUAUUUUAAAUAUCCGUAUAAUAUUUUGAGUUGGAGGUUUAUAGUAAUUCCUAUAGAUAAAUACAUAACCACCAUUUUUGUUAGCAUUUGCUAUAUUUACUUAAUUUCUGUAAUCCCUAAUCGCAAGGUGCAGUAUUCUAAACUUCCUGAGCAUAGUGAUCGUAGAGGUUAGGAGAUGUUGGACUGUCUAAUUCCAUUGAAUAAAGCUAGCAGAGAAGGAUUACCUGCUCUUCCUCAGCUGUUUACUUUCAAGAAGUAUAAAUCUAGUCAGGAUGUUGUUAGGAAUCCUUGAGCUGACCUGGUUGUUCAUUCAUAACAAUUUUUUGGAAUUUUGGAAUACUUUUGAUGACCUUCAAAUUCUGCUGGACCUGCUUUUUGAACUAGAAUGGCACUGCUGCUGCUGUUUUCCUUUAACUCUACAGUGUCCUCUGGAAGGAAAAGAGCCUGAUAUUGAUUCUGAGUCCCCUUUUCUUUUCAGGGAAUUUACCUUUGAAACGGAAGGGAAAACUUUUCAACUAACAAAGGACAUGGUUGGCGUGAAGAGGUUCCAGAAAACCUUACACGGUAGGUCUCCCUGUACCUGCUGCUAUAAAAUAGUAAAGAUCAUAGCCAGAAGACUGUCCCCUGCCCCAAAUCAGUGGGAGACUUCCUUCCCAUUCACUGUAGCACAUAUAAUUGCAGCCCAAUGCAGUGUUUCUCAAACUUGGGUCCCCAGCUGUAGUUGGACUACAACUCCCAUCUUCCCUAGCUACCAGGACCCCACCGGUUAGGGAUGAUGGGAGUUGUAGUCCAUCAACAGCAGGGGACCCAAGUUUGAGAAACGCUGGAAUGGCUGUUUUUUAUUGGCAGCAUGACAAGCACUGAAAUGGCUUCCUCAUGGUCAGGGGCGCAAACCACCGUUAUAAAUGUGUUCAGAUGCCAUUCACUUGGUUUGACUGGAAUGCACAGUUCCCAGGCAGUGCCUUACCUCCACUGGGGCCACUAGCACUGAUAUAAUUCAGGCUGCCUCGGCCCUUCAGAUGUUUUUGAGACUACAAUUCCCAUCAUCUCUGGCUACUGGUCUUCCUAGCGAGAGAUCAUGGGAGUUGUAGGCCAAAAACAACUGGAGGGCCAAGGUUGAGGAAGCCUGAUAUAAUUGCCCCGUACAGUCAAAUUGAGAGGUAAAUGUUUGUGGGCGUUACAGUGGCAACCUUUGAGCCCCGUUGCUGUUGGGCAGAAUUGCUAUGAACGCGAAAAGCUUCUACGCUUUCCAACCUGACUUGGCCUAGCAAAACAUACCCUUUUUUUGCCUGUCUGUUUUCUAGUGGAAGAGAUUGUCCCCAAUGUGAUUGAGCCUUCGUUUGGUAUCGGAAGAAUCAUGUACACGAUAUUUGAGCACACGUUCCGCAUCCGGGAGGGAGAUGAGCAACGGACGGUAGGAUUUCCCCCCUGUGACUUUGGUUUGGUUUCAGAGUUGAUGUAUGUUGGUCGCUUCCUAUGAGAGGCUCCGCGGAUUUCGUAGCCCCAGCAUUGUACGCUGGAUUUGGGCAUUGCAGACUUGGUUUAGAGCCCUGCUCAGCCCCCAACGGCCUUGAGUCAUAGCUCUUUCUCUUUGCUCCCUUUCUCCGCCUGUAAAAUGGGAGUAAUAGCACCCUCAUAGACAAGCAGCUACCUGACACAAUUGACUUCCUGCACGCAACUCAUUUCCAGGUAUGCAAUUCAUGUUUCUUGUAGUGUGUGGAGUGUGCAAACAAGUGUGGGCAGCUGAUGUAUGCACUGACUACCUAAUCAGUUUGCUUGGGCCAUAUGAAACACUUGCACCCCAACUCCACACUCCACAUGUCAUGAUAAGCAUUUUCCUACUCAGAAUAUUUCUCUGUAGGAAAUCUGAAAUGUAUGAAAUAGCUCUCUUAACUCCGGAGUGUGUGUGUGUGUUGUAAAAAGAGUUAGGCUUCCAGCCUUAUUUUUGAAGGUAGAAAACAUAAUUCAUUGUCUGUUAAAUGGUCAUAUGUUUCUAUGUACAUAUCCAAUAUUUGUAUAUAUGGAAAGAACAAUUUGGUCACCUGGAGUGGAUUGUAUGAACACAAACAUAGGUUCUAGCUUUCUGUAUUUAAUUCCCCCCGAUCCUCGGUAGCUUCCACUCUGCCUAUUUUUCUGUGCCCUUUGCCCCUCUUAAGAUUGAGGUUCAGCUUUUCCUUUUCUAUUUGGGUGGGUGGAGGAAUCUGGACUUGGCAAAAAAGAAGGAAAAGCAAAGCAUCCACAGAUGAAGGUCCAAAUUGCAAGAUCAAAAUGAAUGUUCUUUUACUACUUAAUCAGAGCACAAAAUCAUUCUAGUCACAUAAUUCAUAGCAUACGUAGAGCAGAGUUGAUGGUGGUGGCGGCGGGGGAACCUUCCAAUUUACCCCUAAUUCCCAUCUAAUUCAGAUGAAGACUCUUCCACUCUGGAUCUGUCAGCUUCCCCUGCCUGAUCACCUGUCUCGCUUUUCUCUCUCCACCAGUACUUCAGUUUCCCUGCUGUGGUGGCGCCGUUCAAGUGCUCUGUCCUUCCCCUGAGCCAAAACCAGGAAUUCAUUCCGUUUGUGAAGGAACUAUGUGAGUAGCUCCCGAUGCUUCCGGGCUGCCCUGUGUUAACAAAGCUGCGAUUGCAUCGAUGAAUUGGGGGUGUUCAGCAGGAAAGGGGAUUGACCAGGUUUUUUUUACAUGAUUUGUUUCACUGAUGCGACUUCAUUGUGCUAGAGCAGAGGUGGGGAACCUCAGGGGUGGGGUCUGAAUGCAACCCUUUGGGACUCUUAUCUGGCUCUCAGGACCCUUCAUCCCAGACCUUGCUCCUCAUUGGCUUUGCCUUUCAGCUUUGUCCUUUCAGCUGACUAGCAUGCAUGCUUGGACUGUGAUCAUGCCUCUUGCUUGCUGGAUGGAGAGAUGUGUGGAUGCAGAAACCACUGGCACAUGUGUGGAAUGUAGCCUGCAGUCGCACCUAUUGCUCUGCUUGCUUUUUCCUCUGGCUGCAUCCAUCUGCAGGGACUCGGGUGGCGCUGUGGGUUAAACCACAGAGCCUAGGACAUGCUGAUCAGAAGGUCGGUGGUUCGAAUCCCUGCGACGGGGUGAGCUCCCGUUGCUCGGUCCCUGCUCCUGCCAACCUAGCAGUUUGAAAGCGCAUCAAAGUGCAAGUAGAUAAAUAGGUACCGCUCUGGCAGGAAGGUAAACGGCGUUUCUGUGCGCUGCUCUGGUUCGCCAGAAGCAGCUUAGUCAUGCUGGCCACAUGACCUGGAAGCUGUACGCUGGCUCCCUCGGCCAAUAAAGCGAGAUGAGCGCCGCAACCCCAGAGUCGUCCACGACUGACGACUGGUCAGGGGUACCUUUACCCUUUACCCUUUACCUUUUACCCUUUACCUUUUACCCUUACCUUACAUCCAUCUGCUGGCAUGUGGCCCUCAAGAGGUUAACCCAGAGAGAAUGUGGCCCUCGGGGUGGAAAGGGUUCCCCACGUCUGUGGUUGAGCAUUCCCCGACAGGAAAAAAACCACAACUGGCCGUGGAAACUGGUUCAUAUUUAGGAUAUACGCUUCCCUUUUGGCUUCGGGUGCCCUUUGCUCAGUUAUUAGAGGACGAGGCUCCUAAUCUCAGGGGUUGUGGGUUCGAGUCCCACAUUGGGCAAACAAUUCCUGCAUUGUAGGACCAGAUGAGCCUCGGAGUCCCUUCCAGCUCUACAAUUCUAUGAUUUUUCCUUUUGGCAGUAGGGAAGGCAUAAUGUAUCCAAAGGGCUUCGUGGUCUCAUAUAUUGUACGCUGCAGUACAGUGGUACCUUGGUUUGCAAACAGUCUGGUUUGCAUACGUUUUGGAUUACAAACACGUCAACAAACACGUGUGUCCCGGUUUGCAAACCUUUUUUGUAUUACAACCCUUUUUUUUUUUUUUUGAUUACGGACAAAUUUUUGGGGGAGGCCCCAUUGGCGAACGUGCGCCUUGGGUUACAACCUGUUUUGGUUUACAAACGGGCCUCUGGAACAGAUGGUUGUAAACCAAGGUACCACUGUAUUCUAGUUCAUGGCAACGUUGCUGAAUUUAGUUUGCAGUUGCAGCUCUCUCUCUUUCUGUGUAUAUGUGGUUUAAAUUAGACAUUCCACCCCAUUCUCAAGGGCUGCACAAAUAUCCAACCCUUUAAAUAAAACAAACUUGGGCUUGACUUGGAUCAGCUGAGGUUUCCAGUCAUCCUUCUGGCAAUCUUUGGGGGACGCUCAUUUCUUCUCUGCGCCCAUUUAAAUUCUCUAUAAAGCCGACCGACUCAAUAAAAUGAUGCGCACCUUUGUUUCCUCUCGCAGCCGAAGCCCUCACAAGAAACGGGGUCUCCCACAAGGUGGACGACUCUUCCGGAUCCAUCGGCCGGCGCUACGCCAGGACGGAUGAGAUCGGUGUGGCUUUUGGGAUCACGAUUGACUUUGACACGGUCAACCGGUCGCCGCACACGGCCACCUUGCGAGACCGCGACUCCAUGCGCCAGAUACGAGCUGAGGUAGGCUGUGCCCUUUGCGUUGGGGCGGGGGGCAAGUUGGAGGUUCAAGGCAAGCAACCGGAAGAGAAAGGGCGCAGAUAGAAGCAGAAGGAACUAAAAACACACCAUGUUGAAUGGAGAGAAUGAGACAAGUCCCCUCUUACAACCAGUGGUGGUUGGGAGACAGUAUAAGGCAGCUAUCCUGUCUUCUUAAAGUCAGGUCAUUAGUCCAUCUAGUCCAGUAUUGCUUACACUGGCUGGCAGCAGCUCUCUAGGGUUUCUGGUUGCGUCCAUUUCUGGGCCAGCCUGGAAAUACUGGGGUCCUUCUGCAUGCACAGUGUCUGGAGGUGGUUGGAGGAUGGAUGGCAGCUAACAGAUUGAGGUUGAAUCCUGACAAGACAGAAGUACUGUUUUGGGGGGACAGGGGGCGGGUAUGGAGGAUUCCCUGGUCCUGAAUGGGGUAACAGUGCCCCGAAGAACCAGGUGUGGAGCCUGGGAGUCAUUUUGGACUCACAGCUGUCCAUGGAGGCGCAGGUCAUUUCUGUGUCCAAGGCAGCCAUCUGCCAGCUCCAUCUGGUAUGCAGGCUGAGACCCUACCUGCCUGCAAACUGCCUCAUCAGAGUGGUCCAUGCUCUGGUUAUCUCCUGCUUGGACUACUGCAAUGUGCUCUUCGUGAGGCUACCUUUGCAGGUGACUCAGAACUGCAACUAAUCCAGAAUGCGGCAACUAGACUGGUGACUGGGAGUGGCUGCCGAGACCAUAUCAUACCUGUCCUGAAAGACCUACAUUGGCUCCUAGUACGUUUCCGAGCACAAUUCAAAGUGUUGGUAUUGACCUUUAAAGCCCUAAAUGGCCUUGGUCCAGUAUACCUGAAGGAGCGUCUCCACCCCCAUUGUUCAGCCCCGACACUGAGAUCCAGCUCUGAGGGCCUUCUGGAGGUUCCCUCUGUGAGAAGUGAGGUUGUAGGGAACCAGGCAAAGGGCCUUCUUGGUAGUGGCGCCCACCCUGUGGAACGCCCUCCCAUCAGAUGUUAAGGAAAUAAACUACUACCUGACUUUUAGAAGACAUCUGAAAGCAGCCCUGUUUAGGGUAGUUUUUAAUGUUUGAUGUUUUAUUGUGUUUAUUCUGUAGAGAGCUGUUUAGAGUGGCUGGGGAAACCCAGCCAGAUGGGUAGAUUAUUAUUAUUAUUAUUAUUAUUAUUAUUAAUCUCUGAACCAUGACCCUUCUCUGUGUUCAUGGGGGAACAAGCACCAGCUGCAACAUGCUUGUAACUUGAGCCUCAACAGAUACCUUUAUUUCAAGGGUAAAGAUAGGAUUUUCCUGGGCUCAUUAUAAUCCAGAAAUAUUCUGGGAAAAAGGAAACAGUGCCCACGCAGUGAGGCUGAUGAGAGUUGUGCCUCGUGAAGUAGAGAAUGCACACAGGAAACCUGUGGUCUGGUGUGUGUUUAUCCUGUCCAGUGCGCCUUUGAAGGCGUAGAUCAGUCGGUAGAGCACGAGACUCUUAAUCUCAGGGAGGUGGGUUAAAGCCCCACAUUGGGCAAAAGAUUCCUGCAUUGCAGGGGGUUGGACUAGAUGACCCCCGUGGUUCCUUCCAACUUUACAGUUCUAAGAAGGAGCUCACCUGUUGCUGGGUGCAACUGGCUGCCUACAUUCUGCAACAGUGCUGUCUCAAGGGGACUGAGCCCGGCGGUUCUUCGGAGAAAGUUGAUUAGCUCUGUGUUGAUCCUGGAGUCUGAAAGUGCACUUUCUUCUUCCUGCUUCCAGAUCUCUGAGCUUCCCACCAUAGUUCGGGACCUUGCAAACGGCAACAUAACCUGGGCUGACGUGGAGGCCAAGUAUCCACUCUUCGAGGGACAAGAGACUGGCAAAAAGGAGACAAUAGAGGAAUGA